AUGAAAAAGCAUGAACUCAUCGAUAAUUCAAUUACUAAAAACAAAAAACAAAAGUUAUCAGAAUCCUCAAUUAUUAAAAAUGAUACUUAUCUAAAUCAACCAUUUGAAGAGUUUUUUAACCAACAUUACACCAAACCUGAUUUCAUUUCUACUUUUAACACAGCAUUUCGUAAACGUCUUCCCUGUAAAGACAAUUUUGCUACUAUAAUCGAAAAACCUUACCCAAUAUUUAUCCUUGAGAAUAUUUUUUCCAUAGAAUUUCUUAAAUCUGUUAAAUGGAUCUUAGAAAAAGGAACAAUUUAUAAUAAAAAAUCCAAUGACCUAUAUGAAUUCUAUCAAAGUGAUGAUCUAAAGAAUUCAUUAGAACCGGACUUGAUUAAAUUAAGAGAAACAAUUUAUUCACCUCAAUUUAUUCAAUUAAUAUCAGAAUUAACUGGAAUUAAGUUAGACAAUACACCAGAUUUAUCUGCACAUCAAUAUGCAUAUGGAAAUUACUUGUUGUGUCAUGAUGAUGAUAUUAAAGAUGAUGAUUCUUCGCAUGGUAGAAGGAUUGCUUUUAUUUUUUAUUUAGUUGAUGAAAAUUGGACCAAAGAAGAUGGAGGAGCUUUAGAAUUUUUUGAUAUUGAUGAAUUAGGACAACCAAAAGAAAUUGUUCAAUCCAUAAUUCCUAAAUGGAAUUCUAUGGCAUUUUUUGAAUUAAGCCCAACAUCAUAUCAUCAAGUUUCGGAAGUUUUGACCAAAUCCAAAACACGUCUUUCGAUUUCUGGUUGGUUUCAUGGUUCUUUACGAACACGAUUAUCCAAUGCAAAAUUUAAUUCUCCAACUUCUUUUCCACAGUCACUUGAUAAUAAUUUUUAUAAUCAACAUCCUACUAUAAAUGAUUUGGUAAAUCCAAUUUAUUUAACUAAACAAGGAAAAAAGAAAAUUUUAAAAGUACUUAGACGUGAAGCUUCAAUUGAGUUGCAACAAUUUCUCAAAGAAGAAGUUUAUCAAAAAUUAAUGGAUAGCUUAAAUAAUGCUAAGUGGGAAGAAAACCCUAUCGGACCACCUUUUAUUAGACGAUAUCAUCUUAUAAAUAAUGAAAAAACUGUUGUAUCUCAAUCAUUUCAUCAAUUUAUUUAUAAUUUCUUUACUUCAACAAUAUUUACCGCUUACCUUUCUGAAAUUACAAGAUAUGAAAUUUCUUCUUUAUCCUCAGAAAUUCGUCAGUUUUUACCUGGGAAUUAUACAAUGAUACAUGAUCAAGCGUUAGAUCAUGAAGGAUUAGAUAUAGUGUUAUAUUGUAUUGAGGAUGAAAAUUGGAACCCCGAAUGGCAAGGUGGUACUCAUUAUGUAGCAAAUGAAGAAGAAUUAUUAACACUUUGGCCAAAGAGGAAUACAUUAAGUAUUGUAGUUAGAGAUGAAGUACCACCACCUGCUCGAUAUAAAUAUUUUAUAUCACGACGAGGUGAUAUUGGUUUAGCGAUAUUUACGGGAACUCUCGCUUAUUAUUUUAAUGAAUUGGAAAAUCCAGUUGUUCAAAAUGAUCCUGAAAAAACUUUGAUAAAAUUAACUGGACGAAGAAUUAGACAAAUUUUUAGUAUUACAGAAAAUUAA